UUUAUAUUGAAUAAACCAAAUGUCAUUUAUGUAAAAGAUAAAUUAUGUAACAAACGUUUUGUCGCUUAUAAAUGUCCCGCUUUUCUGUUCACAUGAGAAGAGUGUCGAAAAGCAGGUACGUUUUCUUGGAACAUUCAAGGAGAGAGGCAUUGUAGAUUACGUUAAAUUUUUCUUGUUGUUUGUUUUCACUAGUCAUCUGUAAAAAAUGCAGAUCUUUGUUAAAACUUUGACAGGAAAAACUAUUACUUUGGAUGUUGAGGCAAAUGAUGUCAUUUCUACUGUUAAGAGUAAACUUCAAGAUAAAGAAGGCAUUCCUCCGGAUCAGCAACGUUUAAUAUACGCAGGAAAACAACUUGAAGACAAUAGAACAUUAGUGGAUUAUAAUAUUCAAAAAGAUUCAACGCUUCAUUUGGUUCUUCGUUUACGUGGCGGUGCUAUUGAACCUUCCUUAAUGCUGCUUGCUCGAAAGUAUAAUUGCGAAAAGAUGAUUUGCCGGAAGUGCUACGCUCGUCUUCCUCCUAAAGCAAAAAAUUGUCGCAAAAAGAAAUGCGGCCAUUGUAGUGAUCUUCGUCCAAAAAAACAACUAAAAGAUUAGACAAUCCUUUUUCGCAAAUAAUUUUAAUGAUGCAUUUUUGUGUUAAAUUAAAUGAAAAAUACUGUUUUUUUUUAGUAUAAAAAAAAAAAAGAUUUAUUACAACAUGUCUUGCGCUCAAAAUAAAGAA